AUGUAUACCAAAAUCUCUCAACUCACAACUACUCUCGCUAUCCUCUUCACUCUCACCACCGCGCUUCCAGCUCCUCCAGACACAAACACAAAAACAUCGUCUUCCGCAUCUGGCGAUAAUGACGCAAUCGCAACUUGCGCACUCAACCUCUCCACCUGCACAAACGCAACCGCAACCGCGAAAAGAGAUGCGGACAACCCGGAAAAGAGGGUAGCAACCGUGUGUACGAAUGGGGCGUGGGGAAGUGUGGCGUGUGUGGGAGCGUUUGGAAUGUGUAUGAAGACGGCGGAUGGGGCGGGGGAAAUUACAAGUUGUGCGUUGGCGUUGAGUGCGUGUGAGGUGGGGGUUAAUACGAAGUGA